UUUAUGGAAAGUGCGUGUGUGACAUCAACGGUAGCAAUGUGAUGAUUGUGUGUUGAUAACAACAACACGGCAUUAUAAUAUAAUGUGAAUCAAGGUGGGGUGGCCAGUGAGCGGGAGUGACAAAUUUAAUUGAGUGGAAUUUAUGCCGGGUUCGGGGGCAUCUGGCAUUCUGUGAAUUGGAUGGGUCAGUGCGGAGUGUGAAUGGAAGGCGAAUUACGGUUUGGAGUAAACAAGUGAAAUAAAGUGUAUCUUGUGGAAAUAGUGUACACAUAUAAAUGAAUCCAGCAGACAUGUCUGUGACCGUGAAAAUGAGUGAAUGAGUUCAGAGUUAAGAGUUCAGAGCAGUGACUGAACGACCCAGUGCCAAAAGUGAAAAUUGAAAAUGUCCUCGCUAGUGCGGGCCCUGUCGUGGCCUCUGCUCUCCCAAAACCAGGGUGCCUGUGCCGGGCCGGGUGGCAGCACCGAUGGUGGCCAGGAUGAUCUCAACGGAGUAGGAGGCGGCGGGGGAGGCGGUGUUCACGGGAAUCACUGCAAAAAGGGUGGCGGUGGGGGUGGUGGAAUGCCACCGUCGCCCACGUUCCAGCAGCUGAUGGCCGCCCGGAGGUUGCUCUGCCGGAGGUACUAUCCGGAGGGUGGCUGGGGUUGGAUCGUCAUCGUGGUCGGAAUCAUGGUGAACACGAUGACCCACGGAACGCAGCUGAGCUCGGGGCUGCUGCUGGGAUACGUGAUGCGAUACUUUGGGAAGCCCUACACGGACACAGUGUACCAAAUCAACCAGAACCAAGGCGAAUCUCGGCAAAACCUCAACGGUUUCGAUUGGGAAGACUCGUGA